CUGACGCCUUCCCCUCGGCAGGAAAAGUGUCACCAGUACUGGCCGGCCGAGCGCUCCGCCCGCUACCAGUACUUUGUGGUGGACCCAAUGGCGGAGUACAACAUGCCACAGUACAUCCUGCGGGAAUUCAAGGUCACGGACGCCCGGGACGGCCAGUCGCGGACCGUUCGGCAGUUCCAGUUCACGGACUGGCCAGAGCAGGGCGUGCCCAAGUCGGGGGAGGGCUUCAUUGACUUCAUCGGCCAAGUGCACAAGACCAAGGAGCAGUUCGGCCAGGACGGCCCCAUCUCCGUCCACUGCAGUGCCGGCGUGGGCAGGACGGGCGUCUUCAUCACGCUCAGCAUCGUGCUGGAGCGGAUGCGGUACGAGGGCGUGGUGGACAUCUUCCAGACGGUGAAGAUGCUGCGGACCCAGAGGCCGGCCAUGGUGCAGACCGAGGACGAGUACCAGUUCUGUUACCAGGCCGCCCUGGAGUACCUGGGAAGCUUUGACCACUAUGCA